AUGAAUUUUUAUAACCUGGAUGAUGAUGAUGAUGGUGAGAAUCAAGUUGAAGAGGAUGAUUUUGAAAGAAGACAGUUAAAACAUGUAAUGAAGGAAAGUUGUCAAAUGACUUGGAUGGAGGAAGAGAGUCGUAGAUACUCUGUAUCACAACCAUCAGGCUCAAGAAUCAAGCGCAGACCGCCACGUAGCUAUAGUGUAAAAGAAGGUGUCAGCGUGCCAGUUCAUGGUGGCAUUGAUUCGUACAUGUUCUCGCCUAAACAAAAGUCAGUAAAAGACAUGUUCUCAGGUGAGAACUUGAAAAAAGUGGCAAAAGCUAUUUCGAAAUUUUUCCUCUUCAAUGCAAUACCAUUCAAUGCAGCUGAUAGUGGCCUUUACUAUCAGUCAAUGAUUGACACUAUUGCGGAAGCAGGCCCAGGAAUAAAAGGCCCCAUAGGAUAUCAAAUUGGUAAUUCUUAUUUGGAGGAGGAGGAGGUUCAAGAGCUUGACGUGUAUAUAUCCUCGAUGAAGGUAAAAUGGCUACAUUGA